AUGCAGCCAACCACUCCUGUCUCGAGAAGGAUCGCCCCAGAGGUACGCCCUGUCUCGUUUUCCAUAGACCAGCCAAAUCCCAGAACACGCAAUCGCAUCCAUAACCAGGCUAUCAAGAGAGCAAAGGCAAAUGUUGGGAAACGUCGCGACCAUAUCUUGCCGACAUCUCGUGACGAGAAUAUCGACCCAAGGCGCAUCCUCGAUCCGCUCCUUGGCUUGACCAAAGCUGGCAGCAGCAACCCCAGUCUCGCCGUCACAGCUACUGCGCCUUCACCGAGAUUGACUGUGACAUCUGGCGGGCUGCGGGGCGAUCCGUUCUGUGCCUUUCCAAUAUCAGCAGAUGGGGGAGUCCUUUCCGCCGUCGACUAUUUCCUCCAGCACUAUGCGCCGGUCCAUAUCAAUCCUAGAAAGGAACAGUUAGGCCCAGCGGAUAGCUUACCAUUGGCGCGAAGGUAUUUUGGUCUCGCGUUGGAGAAUGCAUCCAUGUUUGAACUCAUGGUGGCGCUCGCUCAGGCCUCAUUUGACGCCCGGCGGCGAAAUACUCGGGAGCCGACGAGGGAAGUUUUGGUCCACUAUGGAAAAGGAGUCGAAGCUCUGCGUCUAAAAAUGGCGCGGAUCUCAACCUGCGACGACGAUGCCACAAUAUUGGCAGUCAUGGCGCUGCUGGGGAUUGCCUUGAUGUACAAUGACUUUGUUUCCUUCGAGACCCAUUUGAUCGGCUUACGCCACCUUGUUGAAAUGCGAGGAGGGGUUGAUAAUCUGGGAUGGGACGGCUUCUUGAAGAAUUCAAUCAUUGGCCUCGAGUCUCUCUGGGCGUAUCACGAGAACAAAAAGAUGAGCAUUUCGAUGAACGAAGCCAGCAUCAAACUCCAAUAUCCAAAGCACCCAUUUCCUCCCGAUCUCUGCACCUUGAUUGCCAAACUCCCCGAAGGGUUUGGAGAAAUGGCCUUAACCGGUAAUCUCUGCGUUCAAAUCUUAACGAUAUUGUCACGUGUGUCGGAAUGGGUCAAACAGCUCCAAGGCCCGCGGAAGAAGGGCGUUCUCCCACUGGGAGAUCCGAACGGCACGUAUAUGAAACAGACACAAGCGUGUCUCGAGUUGGUACCGCUCCGUGGGCUGAAAACACUCGAGAGGGUUUUGUGUUCAGCGAUUGCGGCCAUCACAGUAGAGACGUUCAGCAAAUCAAAGCAACAGAACCCAGUUCAUCGGCGGAUGCUCGAAUCACUCUCGGAAAUGCUGUCUCAAUAUGAGCUCCGUGACUUGCCCCCCGAGUGCGCCAUCUGGAUGGCAUUGGUCAUAGCAGGUCCUCCACACGCAUCUACUGAUGGAGCCACCGGCCAGGCGAUGUCGUCGAGUGAGGGUCAAUCAGAAUCCCCACGAAACAUCCUCCUGGAUAGGAUAAUGGAGAAUUUAUCCAGUGCUAGGAAUUGGAAAUGGGUCGAGAAGUCAAUCAGGAAGUUUUACUACAGUGAAGACUUACUCGAGACAUGGCGACAUACGUGGGAAUUGACCGUGUUGCGAUACACGAACAAGCUCAAAGAAGGGCGAACAUGA